AAGACAAGGAACAGUCAGCGUCGAGCAGCGUUUCCGCUCCGCUUGUGCGUUCCUCCGCGAGAGGACGAGAUGAGUCCUCUCAUCCUCGUAUCAAUUAUUUCCAAAUCUUCGAAACCUCUCGAAAAAUCGUAAAACUAUACGAUACGACAAAAAGGAAAUAAGAAAAAGAGAAGAGAACAAAAAAAAAAGAAGGAAAAACGGGAAGGGAAAAAAAGAAGAAAAAAAAACAGAAACGAAAAAUAAAAAUAAAUACAAAAACGACGAUAGGGGUGUGCGGCCGCGCGCGCGCGCGCACGCAAGAAACUCAGAUUCAUGCUGGUUCAUUUCGGAUCUUUUAUUUUCUCAUUCUUAUCAUUUUCACGCUCGAUUCGAUUUCGACAAGGGUGCGUAAGGUCGCACACGCGUUCGAAGCAUGGCGAUCAUGCAAUCCUGUUGCUGUUGGCAAUCAGUUCGCAGAGGGAGUUACGCUUGUGCCAUUUAUACCGGAAUUUACUUUAUUAUCUUAGCCAUUACAACCGCAACAGUCUUGCAAGCCGAAAGUGAAUAUUUAUCUGGAAAUCGAUCAUUACCAGAAUCGUCGAGUUUCUUAGAAGUUGAUACAAUAUCCCCUGCUACCGUACGAUUCAAUAUAACUUUUUUGAUAUGUUCGUGUUCUGGUGUAAUCUGUACUAUUCUUCUCGUAUACGGCUUACUCAAGGACAAGCGAAUCUUCCUCUUGCCAUGGAUCGUUAACGUGAUCGCUUGCAGUAUGGUCGACAUUGCGCACGCUUUGUAUCUCAUAAUUGUGACACCCAACUUUAAUCCAAUAACGGCGAUGCUCUACACGCUCAACUUUUUUCUUCUAUGUUUAAACGUAUACUCUCUUCUCUGCGUCAUCUCGCAAUAUCAGGAAUAUUUGGCCGGCCGUGGUACGGCAGCGGAUGACAAUGACUACAGGGUCAGUAUUCUGAGAGUCUCACGACAGAAAGGGCAACGGGAUAAGGGAAGAAAAGUUCCAGUGGUGAGAUACGCGGUACAACCGACGACAACUGCGACAUCCUGUUUGAGCUCACGAAGAGCACCGACCAAUAACGAGACGAAGGCAACACCAACGCCAACGCAAAGUCCAACCGCGGUACGGACUGUUCUUUCGUGUCCUGAAAAGAGUCCUACGGUAGGACGAGCAAAUAAGAAGCACGUUCAAUUUCCGGACACGCCAACACCAACAUCAAGCUCGACGCCAACGGCAAUACCGAUGUCCCUGGAAAAAUCGGAAAUUCCUCUGACGGACUCCAAUGCAAAGUAUACCCUGGAUGUAGGAGUUUCUCUCGAAAAACGUUAAUAAUUAAUCAUAGAUUAAUUGUUUCAAACACAAGCUGGUAGUUAAAAUUUUCGCAGAGUGAGAUACUAUCUAUUCAUAUUUCGCGAUCGAUCGUUUUUACUAGGACAAUCUCCUCUACGAAGGACUUCAUUAAAUUAUCUCGUCGCGAAUCGUUAAUACUCAAAAUAUUACGCUACUAUAAAAUAAAUGGACUUGCAAUGAACCAACGGUACCUGUUGUUUGUAUAUGUAUAUAUUUUUUAGAGAUAUAAAAAGAUAUGUAACAUUUUUCAAUAAAUCAUCUAUAUAUGAGAUUUA